AUGGAGAAGCCCAUUGUGUCCUUACACCCACCUUGGACCACAAUCUUUAAGGGGGAGCGAGUAAUCCUAAGAUGUGAUGGGUACCAACCUUUGCUCCUGGAGCCUCGGCCAAUCAACACAUUGUGGUAUUUGGGGCACCAGCUACUGCCCUCACACAAGAAGACCAUUGAGGUACAGACACCAGGGAUAUAUCGAUGCCAGACCCGAGGGGCACCUGUCAGUGACCCAAUUCACCUCUUUGUGUCCAAUGAUUGGCUGAUCCUGCAGGUUCCCUAUGCCAUGGUGUUUGAAGGUGAACCGCUAGUGAUAAGAUGCCGGGGAUGGUAUGAUAAAGUUAUCUACAAACUUCACUACUACAAGGAUGGUCACGUCAUGCGCUACUUUCACUCUAGUACCAACUACACAAUACCCCAGGCACGGGCCAGUGAUAGUGGACAGUACCAGUGCUCAGGAACCCUUCGUAUUCCAGUGGAGAGCACCCCUAUGUUCUCUGCCAAGGUGGUAGUUACUAUCCAAGAACUGUUUGCGUCCCCGGUGCUGAAAGUGGUGCCCAAGACGGAGUCUCGCAGUGGGGGUGGGGUGACCCUUCACUGUGAAACACGCCUGCACCCCCAGAAGCGGGACACGCCGCUGCAGUUCUCUUUCUACAAGUACAGCCGGCCGGUGCGCCGCUUUGACUGGGGAUCGGAGUACACCGUUCCGGAAACCGAGACGGAGGACUUGGAAUCGUACUGGUGCGAAGCCGCCACUGUGACCCGCAGCGUGCGCAAACGCAGCCCUUGGCUGCAACUCUCGGGGAGGGGUUCGUUCUCCAGCGCAUCGUCCAUCACCACCCGAGCUCCUCAGGCAGCUGCCAUGUCCAGGAACCCGGUUUCAAAGCCCCUCUCUUUCAGAAAGCCUCCGGAACCCAGAUUUGUGCCCUCGAGCACCUCGACCCCCAACUCCACCUUGACCAGGACUCUUGCCUCUGUGCCAAGCAGUCCCACUGCUGGGCCCACUGCUUGCACUCCUCUAACUUCCUUCGAGCAAUCUGCUUCCCCUUUGAAGCCCAACAUGGACCUGCUGCUUCAGGAAAUGCAGCUGCUCAAAAGCCUUCUGAGACAAGUGGUACUAGAGCUGAAGGAGCCACAUAAUUAG